UCUCGUUGGGGUAACAUGAAAAAAAAUACACAAAAAGACGUGAAACCUCCCCAAACACGCUUCCCCCAAGCCCACCAGGGCCCCCAAGUCAGACAUGAUGUGGAAGAAGUCCCCCCCCCAACCCCUGAGGCACUGCUGCACUCGGCUCUUUCCGUCACCGCUCGGCUCUUUCCGUCACAUCUCGGCCCCUCGCUGACGCCGCUCGGCUCUUUCCGGAGCCCCUUAACAGCGCCGCUCGGCUCUUUCCGUCACCUCUCGGCCCCUCACCAGCGCCGUUCGGCUCUUUCCGGAACCUCUCGGCUCUUUUCGGCGCCGCUCGGCCCGUCUCCAGGCAACGGCGGCCGCCGCGGAGGGGCCGGGCCGGGCCGGGCCAUGGCGCCGCCGCCGCCGCCGCAGCCGCUGCCGCCGGGGCUGUCCCUCGGCCGCACCUUAGGGAAAGAAAAGUUCCACAAAUCACAGCACUGGGGUUUCUGCAAUAAUGUUGCUAUGCUGGUCGGAGAAGAUAAACCUGGAAUAGGAGGUGAACCAUUACCUGGACAGAAGCUGAAACCUAAAUACAGCGUGUUUCCUGCAGGGAUGGGGAGUGAUGCUCCUGCUUGGGUAGCAUUUGACAAACAGGCUCUCCAGAUAUUAAGGCCACUCGAACAAACCACUGAGCACCUCACCUAUGGAGGUUUUUUUCUUGCAUUAUUGUCAUUACAAGAGACCAUGAAGGCUGAAUUGCAGAACCAGGUAUUGUCUUUUGAUGCCUAUGUAGAAGAAGAAGUGCCUGACAAAAAUCAAGAGCUAUAUAGAAUAAGACACUGUAAAAUAUACUUCUACCUUGAAGAUGAUACAAUUCAAGUGAUUGAACCCCGAGUGAAAAACAGUGGCAUAGUGCAAGGAACUAUUGUUCGACGUCACCGGAUUCCUCUCCCACCUCCUAACGAAGAUGAGUACUACACUAUACAUCAUUUCAACAUCAACACAGAAGUAAUCUUUUAUGCCCAAAGAUAUAAGAUUACCGAUUGUGACCAGUUCACAAAAAAUUUCCUGAGGAAGAUGGGAGUUAGAUUGAAUCCUCCAGCAAGUCGUCCAGAUGACCCAUAUACCAAAGAGCGGCAAAAGAUUCUUGAUAGUAUGAACCCUUUGCGCCCUUAUGAGCGCAUUGACACUUUGAAACAAUUCCUGGAGCAUGAUGGACAUGUUUUACGUUUUUUCUGUGUGUGGGAUGACCCAGAAUCCAUGUUUCAUGACCCGCGGGAACUGGUUCUGCACUAUUACUUGUCUGAUGAUACAAUUGAUAUGAAAGAAAUUACACCAGCAAAUUCAGGUCGGGAUGCAGUUCCACUUUUUCUCAGAAGAGAUAAACUUCCAAAGUAUGCUCCAACCGGGUUGUAUCAGCCGGGCACAAUCACCGCUCGCACUGUUCUCAACGUGUUUGGAAAUUUAGUAGGAAACAGAGGCCGUUACAUUCUGGAUAAUCGUAAGACAGGAGCAGUGCAUCAGGAAUUUUACAGAGACAGUGACCUGAAAAUAGGGGAAGUAAUUAAUGUUUGGGGAAGGAAGAUAUUACUCUGUGAUUGUGAUGAAUUCACUAAAGAUUAUUACAGAACAAAGUAUGGAAUCGAGGAUUUCACCCCAGUUGCAUAUAAAACUCCACCACCACCAAAACCAGAAAAAACGUUUCCACCAUAUACCGGAUUUGGUUCUGAAGAAGAUUCGUUAUGCUCCUGUAAGGGUCUGCUUCCCAAGCCUCCCCAAAAAGAUUUCAAGAAAUUCCUGGAGAAAGACAGAAGUGGUCUGGAAAGUAACAUACUGCGCUUUCUUGCAAAAUUUGUUAUGGAUAGUCCUGUCGACAAGGAUCGGAAAUUCAUUAUUUGCUACUUCCUGAGUGAUGACACCAUUUCAGUCUAUGAAUAUACACAACGAAACUCAGGGAUACUCGGUGGGAAGUUUUUGGAAAGAGGUCGCAUUAAGAAGCCUGGGCAGGAGCUCUUUAAGAGUGAGCCAUCUGAAUACUUCAAGGCUCAGGAUCUGUUUGUUGGAGCCAGAGUUUGUUUCCAUGGCCACAACUUUCUUUUGGUGGAUGCUGAUGAGUACACUAUCAACUAUAUGGAGAAGCAUGCAAAUGAGUUCUCUGUGGCUGAUACUGGUUUCAUCCUCAAGAAACUGAAAGACAUAGCUGAACCUCGUUCACGAGAAAUCAGACAGGUGUUUGCAGCCACAGACCCGGAGCAUACCAAGGUGAUCGCGUAUGAGCCUUUCAGAAAUUUGAUAGUCAGUAUCACGGAUGGAGCAUUUUCAGAACACGAAAUUAUGACUAUUGGGCGCUAUUACGGUGUGAAAGAAGAAUAUGAAACAGACCUCCACCUCCUCCUUGCAGUGGCUCAAGAACAACUGAAGAAAAAUAGCUUUGAGAAUUUUGGACAACUGUCUGCAGUAUUUGUAUACAAUGAUCGUGAAAAAUGUGGGGUGCUGCCCUAUCAGAUGUGCAGGACUAUUUGCAAGUCUUUUAAGUUGCCACUGGCUGAUGACCUUCUGGAAGCUGUACUGACCGUGUUUGAAGAUGACAAUAAGCAAGUGGAGUAUAAAAAAUUUCUGGAUGGGCUGAACUGGAGAGAGAAUCAAAUACCUGCAUUCCAGACAAUAAGGCUUCCUCUCAAGAAUGAAGAUGACUGGAAUGGACAGCCACCAUCCCUUCCUUUUAAAAAAAUCAAAUACUUGCCUCUUCUGGAUGAUCUGUUUGGCAAGGAAGAAUGACUUGAUUUGCACAAGUUACAGCUUUUGGAUUACUGUUUCAGCUCCAAAACUUAUUAGCUGCUGAAGAUAUUUCUUGUAAAACAAAAAUAGAUCGGCUGUAGGUUUUAUUACACUUAGUUUCUUAUUCUAACAUAUAUGUAUCUUUGUGUAUUUUUUAACUCCUAAAUCAACGGUACUCUUUUGUACUCAUACAAGCGUGGUUAAAACUAUCCUGUGAACUUUGUGCCUGGUCAUAUGGAGAACAUGCAAAUACCAAGGAAUAUAUGAGUCAAACACAGCAAAAUACGACUGACCCUAUUUUGUUCUGCAAACAAAACAGGUUGUUGGGUGACCUCAUAUAAUAUUCGGCCAAUUAGCCUAAAAUUAGCACAAUUAUAUAAUUCUGUUCAAAUUUCCUCUCUUGCAUUUUAGCUUAUACCAAUCUGUUUUCCUAUAUCUCUAUGGUGAUGUUUAAGUGCUGUUUGUGUCAAAGUUUAUUAUUUUAUGGUGGACAUAGUUGUGUAGUUUUAGCACGGUAUGAAGUUGCUCUGUUAUCAGAGAUAAUUAUAACCUACCAAUGUGGAAGUAAAUAUCUGGCAGGCAAGAA